AUGGACCUGGAGCGGAAAUGCGCGCCCACCCACCCCACACCCCCGGGGCUGGCAGCCCCUAAUGAGCCCACUCGGACGACGGGCGUGGCCCUCCGCACCUCCCGAGGAGGAGCCUGGCGCCAUUUUGAGCUCUUGCGCCGGGCAUUUGCCCCAGUCCCCCGGCACCGGCCUUUACCCCGGGCAACCGGGCUGAGUGCCACGGUGUUCCUGGGGGAUCCAGACGCCACCGCCUGCCACUGGGGAGCCCAGAUGUCCGGCCCCCAGUCCCUGCCCCUUCUGGAGACUGUAGCCCACCCUGGCCCCCACUUUAAGGAGCAGAGUCUAGCCGUGUACCCACCAGGUCCAGGGAGCUUGGCGGCCAGCGUGGGCGCUCGGGACCCCCUCGCCAAGGCAGCCACGCUCUCCCCGCAGGGACCCCUGGCAGCCACGCCACCCGGCACUGUGUGGGACAUGAGCGCCGUUGCCCCCCCGGGGCCCGCAGCUGGACAGCCCGGAGCAGGCUGGCCCAGAAGGCUCAAGGCAGCCACCAUGAGAUUCUGUGAUACUUGCCCUUCCUUGUCCACCAUCUACUUCCUCUUUGUCGUCUUUGCCGGGUCCACCAUUUUCCACUGCCACCAGCGCCUGGCCCUGGUGCCUGCCCCCUGGGCCUACCCGGGCCGCGUGGUCCUGUUCCCCAGACACCUGCCCUGGGGGGGGGGCAUGUCCACUAUCAACUCCAAAGGCCGCCUGGGGAACCAGAUGGGGGAGUACGCCACCCUGUACGCCCUGGCCAAGUUGAACGGGCGGCCAGCCUUCAUGCCCCAGAUGCACAGCAUGCUGGCCCCCAUCUUCAGAAUCACCCUCCCCGUCCUGCACGACACCACGGCCAGCAGGAUCCCCUGGCAGAACUACCCCCUGAACGACUGGAAGGAGGAGCGGUACCGACACAUCCCGGGCGAGUACGUGCGCCUCACCGGCUACCCCUGCUCUUGGACCUUCUACCACCACCUCCGCGCCGAGAUCCUGCAGGAGUUCACCCUGCACGACCACGUGCGCGAGGAGGCCCAGAAUUUCCUGCGGGGUCUGCAGGCCAAGUGGGCCCGGCAGGCCACCUUCGUGGGGGUCCACGUGCGCCGGGGGGACUACGUCCGAGUCAUGCCCAACAUGUGGAAGGGCGUGGUGGCCGACCGGGGCUACCUGCAGCAGGCCCUGGACUGGUUCCGGGCUCGCUACCGCAGCCCACUCUUCGUGGUCACCAGCGACCACACGGCCUGGUGCUGGCAGAACUUCAAAGGCUCCCUCCGGGACGUGGUGUUUACCGGCAACGGCCUGCAGGGCUCGCCCGCCAGGGACUUUGCACUACUCACGCAGCAUAACCACCACGCCGUCAUCACCGUGGGCACCUUUGGGGUCUGGGCCGCCUGCCUCACGGGUGGGAACACCAUCUACCUGGCCAGCUUCACCCUGCAAACCCCCUUCCACACGGUCUUUAAGCCCCAGGCGGGCUUCCUGCCGAAGUGGGUAGGCACCGCAGCCAACCUGGGGCAGGCUAGAGAGAAUGGCCCCUAG